AUGGACAUGGUCAAGGAGAAUGAAAAGAUGGCCAAGGAUACAGUCUACGAUGCCACCAGCAUCACCGAAGAUCACGCAGUUGGCACCACCACCGCCAUAUACAUUGAUCCCGCAAAGGAAGCAGCUGUGCGCCGGAAAUUCGACAUUUAUGUCGUACCAAUCUCGGUCAUCUAUCUGGUCAUGUCCACUCUUGACCGUAACAAUCUUGGAAAUGCUCGCGUCUUUGGGUUUGACCAAGAUGUCGGACUGAAAGGCGGCCAGUUCGGUAACAUCCAGACCCUGUCCAGUGUCUGUACUGUUGUUUUUGAGGUCCCUUGGGUCCUGGCCACCCGACGAUGGGGUGCCAAAAAGGCCAUCGGGACUGCGUUUGUCCUCUGGAGUAUCUGUACCCUUGGGACUGCGUUUGUUCAAACGUACGGUCAGACCAUAGCCUGUCGCAUGUUGCUGAACGCUGCCGAAGCUGGCCUCGCUCAAGCCUUUGCCUUUCUGUUCUCGACUAUCUAUCCGCGAGAGCUGGCCGGGAAGCGGAUUAUGACCACCAACCUUGCCCAGUGUAUUUCUGGAGCGUUUGGUGGUCUCUUCGCAUACGCCGUUCAGACGAUGGGAUCUCGGCAUGGUCUUGCCGCGUGGAGAUGGCUCUUCAUAAUCGAGUUUGGCAUCACCGUGGUCAUCUGUGGCAUUGGCUUGUUCUUCCUGCCAGGCGAAGUCGAGAAAGCAUGGUUUCUUACCGCAGAGGAGAAGGAGACGAUGAGGCUCAAGAAGGAACGAGACUACCUGAUCCGAGGAGAAGAAAAGAUGGAGCGAAAGUGGAUCAAAAUCGCCCUGACUGAUCCAUUUGUCUGGCUCCUUGGUAUUGCUUUCUUCACCUCAUCCGUCGCUAUCAACGGAUUCGGGGUCUUUCUACCCACCAUCAUCGACGGUCUCGGCUUUGCCUCCCUCAAGGUCAACUACAUGACCAUCCCAGUCUAUGUUAUCGGUGCCAUCUCCCUGUGCAUCCAGGUCUACUACUCGGACAAGCUCCGGAAGCGAGGAUUCUUCAUUGUUGGAUGUUGUGUCCCUGUCGCCGUUGGCUAUCUGAUGUGCGUGGGGUCGAAGAACCCCAAUGUUGGGUAUGCCGGCAUGUUUGUCCUCGUCAUAGGGCUGUAUCCCAUUUCUACUUUGGCGGUAACGUGGAUCACCACGAAUCUCGCACCCGACACGAAGCGCGCAAUCGGCCAGCCCUUUGCCUAUAGCUUGGCUAACGUAUCCAACCUCGUUUCUGGACAACUAUAUCCUAGUCCACAAGGUCCACGAUAUGUCCCAGGUAACGCCAUUUCGGCCGGUCUCACGAUUGUGGCCGGAUUUCUCUAUGCAUCGUGCUGGUUGCUGUUGAAGAGGAGAAAUGCCAGGAAGGCAAAGAUAAUUGCCGAAGGAGCCACCACCAACGGCAAAGAAGGCGAUCAGAGCCUUGAAUUCACGUAUAUUCUCUGA